CUCCAUCAACAACCACAGCAGCUCCAGCCACAACAACUCAAACAACAACUGCAGCUCAAACGUCAAUCACAGCAGCAACAACCACAAUCACAGGAUCACCUAUUAAAACCACAGCUACUCUAUCAACAACAACAGGUUCUACAACCACAACAACUGAACUACCAACAACAACCACAGCUUCCCCAACCACAACCACAGCAGUUCAAACCACAACCACUGCAACUCCAACCACAACAACUGAAGCAACAACCACCACCACUGCAGCUCCAUCACCAACCACAGCAGCUCCAACCAAAACAAGUGUAGCUACAGCCACAACCACAGUAGCUCCAACCACAAUCACAGGAUCACCUAUUAAAACCACAACUACCUUAUCGACAACCACAGGAUUUAUACCCACAACAACUGAAGCACCAACAACAGCUGCUCCAUCAACGACAGUAUCACCUAUUAAAACCACAGCUACUCUCUCGACAACCACAGGAUCUACAACCACAGCAACUGAAGUACCAACAUCAACCACAACAGCUCCAACCACAACCACUGGAGGUGCAACCACAACCACAGCAGCUCAAACCACAACCACUGGAGGUGCAACCACAGCCACAAUAGCUCCAACCACAACAAGUGAAGCUACAGCCACAACCACAACCAUUGCAGCUCCAACAUCAAUCACAGGAUCACCUAUUAAAACCACAGCUACUCUAUCAACAACCACUGCAGCUCCAACUACAACAACUGAAGCUACAGCCACAACCACAGCAGCACCAACAACAACCACAGCAGCUCCAACUACAAAAACUGAAGCUACAGCCACAACCACAGCAGCUCAAACCACAAUCACAGGAUCACCUAUUAAAACCACAUCUACCCUAUUGACAACCAGAGGAUCUAUAACCACAACAACUGAAGCACCAACAACA